AUGGAUUUCAUCAAUUAUACAAACCUUUAUUUCAUUUUGAUCAUUCUAUGUUUUCUAGAUUUGAGUGUUUCCAUAGACACAAUUACAUCAACUAAGUUUAUAAAGGACCCUCCAACUCUAAGCUCCAACAGUGGUAACUUCACCUUAGGCUUCUUCAGUCCUGAAAAUUCUUCAGAUCGCUAUGUUGGAGUUUGGUGGCAGCCUCAGUUCACAGUCGUAUUGGUGCUUAACAGAGAUCAACCACUCAAAGAUUCUUCUGGCGUUGUUACAAUAUCUGAUAAUGGUAAUGAUCUUGUGGUAUUAAAUGGAAAGAAAGAGGUGAUUUGGACAUCCAACGCACCGAAUAUUGCAACCAAUUCUAGUUCCAAACUUUUAGAUUCUGGGAACCUCGUACUACUUGAAGGCGCAACAGGAAGAACUGUAUGGGAGAGUUUCCAACAUCCAUCAAAUGUUGUAUUACCAAACAUGAAACUUACGAGCAACAAAAUAACAGGUGAGAAAGUGAAAUUCACAUCAUGGAAAACACCUUUUGAUCCCUCCGUUGGAAGCUUCUCUAUAAGUGUCGAACGACUUAGUACACCUGAAGUUUUCAUUUGGAAUGAAACUCGAGCCUAUUGGCGCAGUGGUCCGUGGAAUGGUAAGGUUUUAACAGGGCUUCCAUAUAUGAAACCUCAUUAUCUCGGUGGUACACAUAUUGGAGAUGAUGGAGAAGGAAACGUUUCCUUCUUUAAAACAUCAACGAAUACAGUUGCUCUUGUAAUCUAUAAUCUGACUUCAGAAGGAAAUGUUGAAGAGAAAUUGUGGGAUGAACAGAAAAAAGAAUGGAAAAUAACAUGGAAUAGUCAUGAAACGGAAUGCGAUGUUCAUGGGGUAUGUGGACAUUUUGCAAGCUGUAAUUCAGAGAGCUCACCAAUAUGUAGCUGUCUGAAAGGGUUUGAGCCAAGGAACAAAGAGGAAUGGAAUAAACAAAAUUGGACUGGUGGGUGUGUUAGGAGGACACCUCUGCAGCAUUGUGAAAGAGACAGAAAUCAAAACGCAAGUGCAGACAAUAAAGCUGAUGGUUUUCUGAAACUGCAGAUGGUUAAAGUUCCUGAUUUUGCAGAUGCGUCAUCUCUCACAGUUUCAUCAGAAUCGUGCAGAAGUCGGUGUUUGGAGAAUUGCUCCUGUGUUUCAUAUUCAUAUGAUACUGACAUUGGUUGUAUGUCUUGGACUGGAAAUCUAACUGACAUACGACAAUUCUCAAAUGGAGGACUUGACUUGUAUAUUCGUGUAGCACAGGCCGAACUUGUUACAGGUAAAGUUAGAAACAUGUCAGUCAUCAUUAUUAUAACAGUGAUAGCAGGAACUGUCUUAGUUCUUGGUUGUGCAUAUAUUAUAUGGAGAAGAAGAUCUAAUCACCAUGCAAGAAACCGGAAUGACAACGCAAUUGGAGAACUGUCACUAAUUAAACUCCAAGAGCUAUUACUAUUUAAUUUUGGCAAAAUUGCAACGGCAACUACUGACAACUUUCAUUCAUCCAACAAACUUGGUCAGGGUGGUUUUGGACCGGUAUACAAGGUAUAUCAAAUGCAGUAA